CUAAAAAAAACUUGUGGAGCGACUCUGUCGCUAUUAAUAAGUUCGCCGGAAUAGUUGAUAGAACUCGAAUUUGGAUUAAUUAUAAAAGAAUAGUCAUGCCUAUUAACACAAUGCGUGUUGGCGACUGGCAACUAUUAGGAAAACUAGGCCAAGGAGGCUUUGGCGAAGUUCAGCACUGGAAAAAUCGGCUAACAAACCAGGAAAUAGCCACAAAACACAUUAAGAAUGCAGAGCAAAUGGGCGCUGAUCAGCAGCGUAAGCUGAAAGAUCGAUGGACAAAGGAAUAUAACUGGACACGCGAGUUCCAGCAGCUGCCCAACAUUGUUGCUGGUGUUACGCUAAGCGAUGAAUCAGCCGAUUUCAUCAAUAAUUUAAACAGCCAUCAUAUUUGGCAGCUUCCGGUGAUUAUUCUAGAGUAUUGCAAUGGAGGUGAUCUCCGAAAGCAUUUGCAACAACCUCACAAUGCCAAUGGUCUGGUGGAGUUUGAAGUGCGCGAAAUUCUGAGUUGCCUUCGCCAGGCCGUUGAAUUCUUACACACGAUAUGUUCAAUAUGUCAUCGUGAUCUAAAGCCGGAUAAUAUUGUGAUAAAUCGUCUGCCCAAUGGCAGCAAGCAGUACAAGCUAACAGAUUUUGGACUAGCGCGCAAUUCCCCAGAUAAGACCAUUCUCCAAAGCGUGGUGGGUACACGACAUUACUAUGCGCCCGAGGUGGUGGACUCCGGCAAGUACAACAGCAAAGUUGACUAUUGGUCGAUGGGCGUUAUUGGCUACGAAGUUGCCACGGGCAUGUUACCAUUUAUACCACACCAAACAGCCUUUAAUAUCCAUGUGAAUAUUAGCAGCAAGCAGCGCAAUUGCAUUGCCAUAACAGAGGACAUAAGGGAACAAGAUCGAUUCCACUUUCACAAAGAAAUUCCCGUGCUGCAUCAUCUGAGCACUCCUUUUGCUGCGGAAUUUACAAAGUGGCUUACCUUGGCCCUCGAUAAAGACUAUACUCGACGCGGCACUCAAGUGGCAACUGAUGAAGUACAAGGUGCAUCAAGAUCACCCAUCAUAUUUAGUGAAAUCGAUCGUCUGCUUAAGAUAAGGGUGCUAACUAUUUUCGUUGCAUUCAAAUAUCAACGACUGGAGUAUGUUGUCACGCCAACAAUGACAAUGGCGGAGUUGGGCGCUCAGAUAAGUAAGGAUACUGAAAUGCCGGUGAAAUCUCUUUACUUGUUGUUUCCCACGGGCCAUCCGCAUCAGCGACUUACUGCAGAGACCCAGCCUAUGGAUCUUUAUGUGGAUAAAUGGUGUGAUACCAGCGAUGAGUCUCGAAACCCCCCAGCCAUGAUAUACGUUUUUAAUAUAAAAGAAGUCGAGUAUUCAGCACCACAGCCUUGCAUGACGGAUCUCAUAAAAUACUGUCAUAACUCAAAAGACUUCAAGCCUCCAAGCUGGGUAGUUGACCGUAUAGUGUUGGACAUGCAUUAUAUGCUUACCCAGGAGCAGGAAACCAUGAAAAUUAUGCUCUUUGGAUUUAAAGAAUACGCAAUGAUGCUCGAACACGACAUUCUCAAUUUUCAGCCGGCUAUUAAGUCUGCAGAAGUCGACAAGGAUAAGUGCUGCGGUGCUAUUGAGCAAUUUGUGGACUUGAUUACCGCUGCGAAGGAGCAACAAAGGUUUCUAAUGUUGAAUAAUGAUGAAUUUGAAGUAAAUUGGACGAGACUGGUCAAUAAAUGCAGAGAAAUCGUCACUGUCAUAGAGCAGACAAUCAAUCAUUACGAAUCAUCUUUACGCAGUAUCCGCGACGUAGCUUUAAAGCAUAGUAUUGAGAUUUAUAAAAGAUUUGUGGAUGGUGAUAUAUACAAACUUACGCAAUUUCGGAACAAUUAUCUGCGCCGUGGAGACAAUUUGACGUGCUUAGAACUGGAUAAUAUUGUAAUACAUUACGCUAAAACGCGACAUUCCUUUCUAAAUGACGAGAAAAUUAGAUUCUUGCGUGAGGGACUUUACCAAGCUCACAAUCGUUUCAGUAAAAUACCAGGUAUUUUGCAAAAUGCUCGGCAAGGUCUCAAAGAUAUUCGAGCACAAUUGUUGCAGCUGCAACUACAAAUGUUACCAAGUGCCAUACCCAUACAACAACCGCGAGUUUUUCAACUUAAUGAAGCCAUGAGCCAAUUGCACUUUGAUACCGCUUAUGAUCAACCGUCCACUAGUUUUGGUGCAUUCGAUAGUCUUUCAACCAAGAAUAUCAUUGACCAGGCGCUGUUAACUAGUCAACUCUUGGAAAAUGCCAUGGACACUGAACACUCAUAGGAUCGCAUCUUUUCCAGAUUACUGUUUGAUAUUGAAUGAAGUCUUCAUCAUACCCUUUUUAUACCCUGUUUCAUUAAGCUCAGAGUUUUUAGUUUUUUAACGUUUUAUUUUAACGAAAUUUGUAAUUUUAUAGCUUUAAAAUGGUUUUAUAAAACCAUUUUGGUUACGUUUGCUCAUUAUGUUAUACGUAUGUUUUUUUUUAACAGUUGCAUGUUAAAUGUAUAUGUAUGUAUUGCAGUAUCACAUUUCAUUGUUCCUUUUGUUACAAAAUAUAUACUUCUUCCACAUGA